CUAUCCUCCGUUUUAUGUUCACAAUGAACUUGGAAACAAACGGUGCAAUAAGCAGCAUUUUGGGCUGGACUUCCAUCGCAUGCUGGAUCAUAGUCUAUUCGCCUCAGCUGUAUGAAAAUUAUGCCUUGCAGUCUGGGGAAGGAUUGAGUAUUUUGUUCGUACUCGUCUGGCUGGUAGGGGACCUAUGUAAUUUUGUCGGCGCAACUUUAGCCGGCUUAUUGCCUACAGUGAUCAUUCUUGCAGUUUAUUACUCUGUUUGCGACCUCGCUCUGCUAUGCCAGGUCUAUUACUACCGCUGGAAAUAUGGUCGCCCUAUCUUCACUUCUCGAGAUGAAGGUACCCGCGAAGAAACUACCCCUCUACUGCCCGGAGAUGCCCGAAUAGAGGUCGCCCUUCCCAUGAGGGUCCUAGUUCUUCGUUACGCGGGAGCUGUCGUUUUCGUAUUUGCGACCGGUAUAUUGGCCUGGUGGGUAAGUGGAGGGGCUGCAGAAGACGAAGAGCCCCGUGAUAUACCCACCCGCCUUAAAUGGACCGUACAGAUUCUUGGUUGGACUAGUGCGGUAUUAUACCUGGGUGCACGUCUACCACAAAUAGCCAAAAAUUUCCAGACACGGUGUGUAGGACUUUCGCCAGCGCUAUUCUUCUUCUCCAUCUUUGGCAAUGUCACUUACGCGCUGUCGAUAUGCGCAAAGAGUAUGGACAAAGAUUACUUGGUGACGAACGCUAGUUGGUUAGCAGGUAAGGCCCGAGGUUUCGGCAAAGGUCUCUUUAUUUGAAAAUAGUCCGACUGAUACCCGGGAGCAGGAAGUGGGCUGACCGUGUUCCUCGAUAUCAUCGUGAGUCACGCCGGGGAGAUAUUCACGCCAGCUGACGAUCUCCCAGAUACUGUGCCAGAUAUUCUCUUUCCAGUAUCUGCCCGCCUUACGAAAAGCACACGUUGGUCCCGAAAGCUG